UCUCCAUUCCAUAAUUCCAUACCCAUCCAUCCGCAGCCAUCCUCGAUCGAGCGCCCGCCCCCUCACGACACCCGCGCCCCUACUCUCGUUCGAACCAUUCCACACGCGCACGCACACGUACACCGAUCGCAAUCGACUCGCGCGCGCGCGCGCGCGCUCGCUUCUCCCUCCACAAAUCAGGAGCCAAGCACCACGCUGCUUCCCGCCCAUCUCAUUCCAUUCAUCCAUCCAUCACGCACAUCCCGUAUGUGCCUGCUGCUCUCCGGCAGCACCAGCGGAUCAGCCAGCAUGAGCAGGAUCCACCCCUCCGACCGCGGCGACGGCGCCCGCCGCGCGGCGCGGACGGCGGCGGAGCGGCAGCGGCAGCAGCCGGCGGUGUACACGGUGUGGAAGAGGUCCAGCAUGGGGUUCCAGGGCACCGACGGCUUCUCCGUCUACGACGCCGCCGGGAGGCUCGCCUUCCGCGUCGACAACUACGCCCGCCGCCCCAAGGCCUUCGCCGGCGAGCUGCUGCUCAUGGACGGCCGCGGCGCCCCUCUCCUCUCCCUCAGGCCACAGAUCUUUAGCCUGCACGACCGAUGGAACUGCUACAGAGUUGCACCGGGAGAAGAGGGCUGCCCGGACACGGACAGGAGCUCCUCCGCGCAGCAGCUCUUCUCCAUGCGGAAGUGCGCCGCUCUGCAGAGCACGGACGACGCAGAGGUCCACAUGUCGUCGGCCUCGACGGCGACGACGUCAGGGCGCGGCUGCCGGGCUUCGCCUUCCCCUCCUCCCGGCUACCGCGUCGAGGGCUGCUUCUCCAGGAGGAGCUGCAAGAUCACAAGGAGCGACGGCCAGGAGGCGGCACGGAUACUGAGGAAGAAAGCCGGUGGACCUACGGCGGCAGCGGCGUCGUCAAGGCCCGUCGCCCUCGGCGACGACGUGUUCAGCCUGGUCGUUCGGCCGGGCGUCGAUGCCGCCACGGUCAUGGCUAUUGUCGUUGUCAUGGACCGGAUCUGCCGGAGGCCCUACGCACCAAUGGCGUGCUCUUCACAGUAACCAAUAGCUACUGUACUAGACGGUGAGCCCACGUCAGUCAAGAGUUUUUCGUCCUUUGGUUGGAUGAAUCGGAGAACCGCGGCGUUACAUGAACGCCGCCCCCCUUCCUGAAGACAUUGCGAUGUCGAAGAGCUGUUCUUUAUCUGUUUUAUUAGCGUGGUUUUUAGUCAUUUGUACGGGUUGUAAAAUAGUAGCAGUACCGUCAUGCCUCAAAGUGGCAUUUGCUGUCAUUUUGUAAGCUGAUUUGAGCAUCAAAUAUCUUGAAAAUCACUUUGAUAAAA